UUUCCCUUUCUCGGUGAGCUUAGAGACGUACGGGACGGGCAGCGGCGCACAGAAUUACGAGGAGCGACAGCGGCGGAGAAGAAAGGACGGAGUGGAAAAGAUAGGCGCGGCGAGGCGGCAAAAAUGGGCGCCUGCCUGUCGUCGACCGACGACAAGAAGGCCAAGGAUCGGAGUGUGCUGAUAGACCGGCAGCUCGAAGAGGACAGCAAGAGACUCAAGAAGGAAUGCAAGAUUCUACUCUUGGGCUCUGGCGAGUCGGGCAAGUCGACGAUUGUCAAGCAGAUGAAGAUCAUUCACCAGAAUGGCUACAACACAGAUGAGCUCAUGGUAUACCGGUUAACAGUCAUCAAGAAUCUCGUCGAUUCGGCGCAGGCCAUAGUCCUGGCCCUCCGCAAGUUUGCCCUCGAACCCGAGCGACCAGAGAAUCGCGAGAAUGCAGACUUGAUUCUCCAGUACCGCGUCGAUGCGGAUCCAAACAUGAUACUCGAUGCAGAAGUGAGCAGGGCGAUCGAGUCCCUCUGGCAGGAUGCCGUCAUUGCCCAGGUCAUGGAGCGCACGAGCGAGUUCUACCUCAUGGACAGCGCUCCUUACUUUUUCGACGAGGUUCGGCGGAUAUCGUCGCCAGACUAUGUCCCAAACGAAGCCGAUGUACUUCGGGCGAGAUCCAAGACAACGGGGAUAUCCGAGACGAGGUUCAACAUGGGCCAGCUCUCAAUCCACCUCUUUGACGUCGGGGGCCAACGCUCCGAGCGGAAGAAAUGGAUUCACUGUUUCGAGGCGGUGACGAGCAUCAUCUUUUGCGUUGCUUUGAGCGAAUACGACCAGGUCCUGCUCGAGGAGAGCGGGCAAAAUCGAAUGGCCGAGUCCUUGGUUCUCUUUGAGAGCGUCGUCAACAGUCGCUGGUUCAGCCGGACAUCAAUCAUCCUCUUUCUGAACAAGAUCGACAUUUUCAAGCAAAAGGUGCCCAGACAGCCCCUCUCCAACUUUUUCCCAGAGUACAGCGGCGGCAACGAUGUCAACAAGGCCGCCAAGUACAUCCUCUGGCGGUUCACCCAGACAAAUAGGGCCAGACUCAGCAUCUAUCCGCACCUGACCCAGGCGACAGACACGAGCAACAUCCGCCUUGUCUUUGCCGCUGUCAAGGAAACCAUCUUGCAGAAUGCGCUCAAGGACUCGGGCAUUUUAUGAUUAUUCGGCAUUGCAACCAGCAUCUCUUCCAUCUCUACUAUCCCAUUCUGCUGCCUACGCGCGCUUUCUCUGAUCGAUACCACUUCCUCCCCUUCCCCCUCCCUCUUGCUCAUCCUUCCACGUCACCUUAUACACCUGGUCGUGUUCCCAUGCCGAUCCCUGCCCCCCUUUUCUAGUCAUCUCUGUCGUCGGCGCACGUCGUUCCUACUACUCUGCAAUUACUACUGGCCCUUCCCAUCAUGAUGAAAGUGGGGUCCAGCAACGUUUAUCUCUCUGACCGUUUGCAUUUCCGCUCUCGCUAUGACUAGAAUCGUCUAUUGUUGCAAAUUCAAGUCUACAGAUGGGC